AUGGCUGGAUUUCUUAAACAUCUGUGGAGGUUUAGGAAUUUCAUUGUGAUAAUUCUUACACCUAUUUUACUUCUGGCUCUGCCACUUGCCAUCCCAACCUCGGAGGCAAAAUGUGGUUUUGUGAUAAUCCUCAUGGCAGUGUACUGGUGUACAGAGUGUAUCCCUCUGGCUGUGACUGCCCUGCUGCCUGUUGUCCUCUUCCCAAUGAUGGGUAUCCUGCAAGGAUCAGAGGUUUGUAUCCAGUACCUGAAAGACUCCAACAUGCUCUUUUUUGGUGGGCUGGUGGUGGCCAUUGCUGUCGAGCACUGGCACCUGCACAAGAGGAUCGCCCUUCAAGUUCUGCUUGUUGUGGGGGUGAAGCCAUCCCUACUGAUGGUCGGUUUUAUGAGCACCACGGCCUUCCUGUCCAUGUGGAUCAGUAACACAGCCGCCACAGCCAUGAUGCUGCCCAUCGCCACUGCUGUGCUGCAACAGCUGUCUGACACAGAGGCCAACGCUGAAGAAAGACAAUAUGGGCUGACUGUUGCAAAGGAUGGUCAGGACAACCAGGCGUUUGAGUUGGAAGACACCAAAGAAACCAACAGCAAAGAGCUCAAACCAAAGGACAGCACUGUCACCAUGGAAGUUUGUGACACGAAUCCAGAGGCAGAGCAGCGAAAACUGAAGAGGGAGCAAAAGUAUGCAAAGCUGUCAAAAGGCAUGAGCCUGAGCAUUUGUUAUGCCGCCAGCAUCGGAGGAGUAGCCACCCUCACUGGAUGCACACCCAACGUCAUCAUGAAGGGCCAGCUUGAUGAACUCUUCCCAGAAAAUGGAGGCUUAAUCAACUUUGCCACCUGGUUUGCCUUUGCAUUCCCCCUCAUGGUGCUAACGCUCAUCUUGUCUUGGCUGUGGCUCCAGUUUUUGUUUUUGGGCUUCAACUUGAAAAAAUCCUGUGGAUGUGGCACAAACAAAGAUGGCGACAGGGAGGCCUACCAAGUGAUCAAAGAUCAGUACAAAAAGUUGGGCAGGAUGAGCUUCGCUGAGGCCUGUGUAGUGGUUAUCUUCACGUUGCUGGUUCUUAUGUGGUUCACCAGAGAGCCUGGGUUCAUACCUGGCUGGGCCACUGUGCUCUUCAACAAAGACAAACCGUAUGUCACAGAUGGCACUGUGGCCAUAUUAAUGUCAUCACUGUUCUUCUGCGUCCCAUCCAAUUUGCCCAGAUGCUUUUGGAAGUCCAAAGAUGGGUCCCCUGCUGAAGCCCCCACACCGAUGCUUAAUUGGGACAUUGUCAAUAAAAGGAUGCCUUGGAACAUCAUUUUGCUACUCGGAGGAGGCUUUGCUUUGGCCCAUGGAAGUGAGAAAUCUGGACUUUCUCAGUGGCUGGGAGAAUGUCUCUUACCGCUGCAGAGCAUCCCUCCUUUCGCCAUCUCCAUCCUUCUGUGUCUGCUGGUGGCCGCGUUCACCGAAUGUUACAGCAACACCGCCACCACCACACUCUUUCUACCGAUACUGGCCUCCAUGGCUACUGCCAUUAAGAUCCACCCGGUAUAUGUCAUGCUUCCCUGCACCUUCGCUGCCUCACUGGCUUUCAUGCUGCCCGUGGCCACUCCACCCAACGCCCUCGUCUACUCCUACGCCAACCUAAAAGUCAUGGACAUGGCCAAGACGGGAUUCAUGCUGAACAUUAUUGGAGUCGUCGCCAUCAAUAUUGCUAUCAACACGUGGGGCGUUGCCAUGUUUCAGUUGAACACCUUUCCUAAUUGGGCAAAUGUAACGAAGACUCCUUGA